AUCUUCAUUUUACUGUCACCAUCAGGCCUGAGGAGCAGCUCGCUGCAGAAGUUUUUCAGAGCUGUAAGUACUUCGGAAGUCUGCAGCCACUUGGAAACAGAACAAUUAAUGUCUGCAUUGCAUUGAAUUUUCUGCUACCUGUGUCAUUCCCAAAGCACAGCAGCAUUCAUGAGCAAGCUUCCCUGAGCAACCAUGUUGUCUUACUCAUUCUGCAUGAUUGUAGCAGCAGUUGCUUUACUAAUGCCUUGCCAUGCACAAAACUGUGCAGGAGCUCCUGAGCUACCCAGUAUCCCUGGAGUUAGUGGACUGCCUGGUCUGGGAGGUCUCAAUAGAUAUUUAGGAAGUCUACUGCAGCCUUACAGAAAAGAGAAACUUACUGAACGUCAGUGGUUACAAAGGCAGCAAGAUCUAUCUACUUCUUUUGACGAUGAACUCCGCAAUGUUUUACUGAAUCUAAGACAACGACUUUUCCAGCUAGAAGGAGUGCUUGCUUUGAAUGGGAAAAUAACAAAAGUAGGAGAGAAAAUAUUUGCCAGCAAUGGAAAGGAAGUCAAUUUUUCAUCUGCCCUAGAAUCCUGUGAAGAGACUGGAGGAACUCUUGCAACUCCCAUGAAUGAGGAGGAGAAUAAAGCUAUUAUGGGCAUUGUGAAACAGUAUAACCGAUACGCUUACUUGGGUAUUAAAGAGAGUGACACUGCAGGUCAAUUUAAGUACAUGAAUGGCCAACCUCUGAAUUAUACCAACUGGCAACAGUAUGAGCCUAAUGGCAAAGGGACAGAAAAAUGUGUAGAGAUGUACACUGACGGAAAGUGGAAAGACAGAAAAUGCAACCUGUACCGCCUCACAAUCUGUGAAUAUUAGAGAAUGACCUUUCAAGCACCUGAGAACGAACAUGGAGACCAUGAAAUACCCUGUUUCAUUCAGACUGAUGCAAUUUCUGCAAUUAUUCUAUGUCACAAAAUCUAAAAUGAAUCAUAUUACUAUAUAUUUUUAUGCUUAAGAAAAUGCCAAAUGUAGAAGGUGAUUAACUUACUUAAUUAAAAUGUGCAUAAUCUGAUGUACUUGUCUCUCUUUUUGGAGAGCUGAAAGCUCAGAAUUCAUUGGUCACAACAGACUGUCCCUCUCCACUAGGGACAGGGUCUACAUGAAAAUUAGAGGAAAAUUGCAAGGAUAGGAUU